AUGGAGGACGCUAACCCAUCGUUUCAAAAUCUACCUGAUAGUAAUGUAGUCACCCAUAAUAGAAGUGAUGCUAGGGCUCGUGGUGAUACUGUGACCUUACCAUCGGAUCCUGCUAUUGGUGACUUUGAUGAGUUUCAAACUCAUAGAGGAGGCUCCUCGCAAGUUAGAGAGGGAAGAGGUGGGCGUGGCCAUGGAGGUGGCAGAGGACAGGGCAAGGAGCACAAGUCUUGGGCAGAGGUUGCGGCACCAUCUAUUCGCUCUACUGUUCCUCUAAGGUAUGUUCCACCUAUUCGAAAUGAGGGGUAUGUUAGUGUCGAGUUACCUCCUCAACUCCCUUGGAAAAUGGGAUUCAUGCCUAAUUGUUGUAAAUCGGUCCUUGAGGGUGGGCCAUGGUAUGUUGGGGGGUUCAAUUUAAUCUUAAAACAGUGGACCAGGAUGAUGAAACUCACUAAGGAGAAAGCUACAAAAGUUCCUGUGUGGGUUAGGCUAUUUAAUGUACCUUUGGAAUAUUGGGAUAAUGAUGGUCUGAGUCGAAUUGCAAGUGCUGUGGGAGUUCCUUUAUUCAUGGACCAUCUUAUUGAGGAGGGUAGUAGAGUGUCCUUUGCUAGAGUGUGUGUUGAAAUUGAGGCCUCCUCCAACUUACCAGCUAUGUUCAAUAUCAGUUGUGGAGGAAACACCAUUGUAGUGAGAGUGGAAUACCAGGGUCUCCCAGCCAAGUGUGAUCAUUGCAUAGCUUUUGGACAUAACACAUCUAAAUGUGAUAAAACACAAGUUGAGCAUUUGGUUAACCUCCAAAAAGAAACUGAAGAUAAUCCAGACCCUGGAUGGAGCACAGUUAAAGCAAAGGGUAAGAGGAAGGUGGGGGAUCCUGAACCUGUACCUGAACCUAUAGUGCAGAAUGAGGAAGCAGUGGUGCAAUUGGAAGAAAUUACAGAGAAUCUGGAAGUUGGUCUGGACAAUAGUAACAAUAUAGUUUUAAUAAGCAGACCAGUUGGGUUGAAUGAGCCUAGUGUUAGUGAUAAAAUUGAGUCUAGCCAUGAUGGGGAGAUUGAUGCACCCAACAUAGCACACCUGGAGGGAUUUCAGAAGGAACUGGUAGAGCUAACUAAGCUUGCCCUACCCCAUGACACUGAAUUGAUUACUAAAGUGGAAAAUCUGGUGGCAUCAACUCAAGCACAGAACACUCCAGCAAAGAAGCAGAUCCAACAAAAAUCAACUGCAAAAGGUAGUUCCUCUGGUAAGGGUAAAAGCCAGAGGAAAAAACAAAGAGGUUUCAAUGACUCCUCUAGACAUAAGGAAGUUAAAAGAUUUUUGUUAAAUGAAGAUGUUAAAGUCUUGGGCAUUUUGGAGACCAAAAUAAAAGCUGUGAAUGAAAAUGCCAUCUUUUCUUCUUGCUUUAAUAACUGGACAUUUUUGUCUAACUCUCAACCCACUAAAACUGGGCCUUGUUUUGUGUAUGCUGAGAAUAAACAUACUAUCAGGAAAGAGUUUUUUGAGUACAUGGUCAAAAUCUCCCAGUCUCAGUCCAAUUACCCCCUAGUUUUCUUGGGGGACUUUAAUGCCACUAGGUACCAAUAUGAAAAGUUUGAGAGCUCACCUUCCUGGUCUGCUGAGAAAGAGGAAUUUAAUUCACAUAUUAUUCAAUCUGAUUUGGUGGACCUGUCCUAUGGUGGUUGCCAAUUUACCUGGGCUAACAAGAGAGUGAGUGGUGAGUAUAUUGCUACCAAAAUAGAUAGGGUCCUGGUUAAUGAGGGGUGGCUUGACCUUUACCCUACCUCAACAGGAAAUUUCCUUACCUCAUCCAUCUCUGACCAUUCACCUGCUGUGGUUACUGUGUCUGAUGUUGUGGUUUCUUUUAAGAAACCUUUCAAAUUUUUUGACUUCUGGUUGGAUCAUGAGGAGUUCCUCCCUGCUGUAUCUCAGAUUUGGAACGAAUAUAUUAGGGGUGUUCCUAUGUUCAGAGUUUGCCAAAAACUCCGACAACUGAAACCUGUGUUUAAAUCUAUGAACAAAAAGAAAUUUAGUGAUAACACUAGAGUUUUGGCCACCAGAUCUGAGUUGAAUUCUGUGCAAUGGAAGUUGGAUAAGGACCCUAGUAAUCUUGACUUGCAGAGCCAUGAAAGUACCCUCUACAAGCAGUAUGUUGAUCUUACUAUUGUUGAGGAGAGUUUGCUCAUCAAAAAUCUAAGGGGCAAAAUUCUCAAAAUUGAAUUGCAGGAUGGGCGUUGUUCUAAUAAGUUAGAGGAUAUUCAAAGUGCUUUUAUAACAUUCUACUCUGACUUAUUUGGGACUCCUAUUAAUGACCACUAUGGUGGUUUUGAUAGGAUCAAUUCCCUUGUUAAGUCUAAGGUUUCCACUGAUCAAGCAUUGCUUCUUGCUAGGCCUGUGACUGACUUGGAGAUUAAGGAUGUAUUUUGGUCCCUUAAACCCAACAAGGCCCCUGGCCUUGAUGGGUAUUCGGCUGGUUUCUUCAAAAAAUCUUGGUCCAUUGUUGGGAAAGAGGUUACCCAAGCUAUCAGAACCUUCUUUGAGCCUGGUAAACUUCUCUCUAAAGUUAAUAGCACCAUAAUAGCCCUUAUUCCUAAAGUUCCUAAUCCUGUGAGGGUUGAGGAUUAUAGACCCAUCUCCUGCUGUAACACUAUUUAUAAGUGUAUAGCGAAAAUCAUUGCUAAUAGGGUAAAAGUGGUCCUUCCUGACCUCAUUGAUCCUGUGCAAUCUGCUUUUGUUCAAGGUAGGAGGAUCUCUGAUAAUAUUUUCUUGUCUCAAGAGCUUAUGAGAGGGUAUCAUAAGAGUUCACCCACUCCCAGGUGUGCAAUGAAGGUGGACAUUAUGAAAGCUUAUGAUAGUGUGAGAUGGGAGUUCAUUAUUGAUAUUCUUAAAGCUAUGGAUUUUCCUCCCAUCAUGACCUCUUGGAUUAAGGCCUGUAUUACUAGCCCUUCAUUUUCUGUGUGUAUUAAUGGGAGCCUACAUAGUUACUUCAAGGGUGCUAGAGGUCUUAGACAGGGAGAUCCCAUGUCUCCUUAUUUGCUUGUAUUGGCUAUGGAGAUUCUUGCUAGAAUUUUUGAUGAGAAAUCCAAUCAUCCCCUCUUCAAGUUUCAUUGGAGGUGUGAGAAAGCUAAGAUUGUGAAUCUCUGCUUUGCUGAUGAUGGAUGUUCCUACUGUUAA